AUGGUUCUCUCCAAGACAGCUUCUGAAUCUGAUGUCUCUGUUCACUCAACCUUUGCCUCUAGAUAUGUUAGAGCUUCACUUCCCAGGUUCAAGAUGCAGGAGAAUUCGAUCCCAAAGGACGCUGCUUUCCAGAUCAUAAACGAUGAGUUGAUGCUGGAUGGGAACCCUAGGCUUAACCUGGCAUCAUUUGUGACCACAUGGAUGGAGCCUGAAUGUGAUAAGCUUAUCAUGGCUUCUAUCAACAAAAACUACGUUGACAUGGAUGAAUACCCUGUCACCACUGAGCUUCAGGCAAGAGCUCAAGAAUUUGACGAUUGUUUUUACAUGCAGAAUCGAUGUGUUAACAUGAUAGCUCAUCUCUUCAAUGCACCACUUGGAGACUCAGAGACAGCAGUUGGAGUAGGAACUGUUGGAUCUUCAGAGGCUAUAAUGUUGGCUGGUUUAGCAUUCAAGAGAAAAUGGCAAAACAAGAGGAAAGCUGAGGGAAAGCCUUUCGAUAAGCCUAACAUUGUCACUGGAGCCAACGUUCAGGUAUGCUGGGAGAAAUUUGCAAGGUAUUUUGAGGUGGAGUUGAAGGAGGUGAAGCUAAGAGAUGGAUAUUACGUGAUGGAUCCUGAAAAGGCAGUGGAAAUGGUAGAUGAGAACACAAUCUGUGUUGCUGCUAUUCUUGGCUCCACUCUUAAUGGUGAAUUUGAAGAUGUCAAGCUCUUGAACGAUCUCUUGGAGAAGAAGAACAAAAAAACUGGAUGGGAUACUCCGAUCCAUGUCGAUGCGGCCAGCGGUGGCUUCAUUGCACCGUUUAUAUACCCAGAACUCGAGUGGGAUUUCCGGUUGCCGUUGGUGAAGAGUAUCAACGUUAGUGGGCACAAAUAUGGACUAGUCUAUGCUGGAAUUGGUUGGGUCAUUUGGAGGAACAAAGAGGACUUGCCUGAAGAACUUAUUUUCCAUAUUAAUUAUCUUGGAGCUGAUCAACCUACCUUCACCCUUAACUUCUCCAAAGGAUCUAGUCAAGUUAUUGCCCAGUAUUACCAAUUCAUUCGCUUGGGUUAUGAGGGAUACAGAAAUGUUAUGGAAAAUUGCAGAGACAACAUGUUGGUGCUUAAACAAGGACUAGAGAAGACAGGGAAGUUCAACAUUGUCUCGAAAGACGAUGGUGUUCCAUUGGUGGCCUUUUCUUUGAAGGACAACAGCAACCACAACGAAUUUGAGGUGUCCGAGAUGUUAAGGCGUUUUGGCUGGAUUGUGCCUGCCUACACCAUGCCUCCUGAUGCUCAACAUGUCACCGUUUUGCGGGUCGUUAUCCGAGAAGAUUUCUCUCGGACAUUCGCCGAGCGUCUUGUCAUCGACAUCGAAAAGGUUCUGCAUGAGCUUGAGACAUUGCCAUCCAGGAUCAGAGAACUCGAGAAAGGGAAGGAAGCCGCAAACGAGAAAGAGAAGAGGGACCGGGAGAAGACAAUAGAGAUUACUACUGCCUGGAAGAAGUUUGUCAUGCAAAGGAAGAUGAAUGGUGUUUGUUAG